AUCUGUCAUUUAUUCUCUAUGCAAAAUAGUGAUUCUGUUUGGAGCACUACAGAAAAAAGUUUUCGGUUUUGUCUUGAUAGCAGGAGGACGUUGAGCGCCGGUUCGUAAGCGAAUUGGAAUUGUACCCACGAUAUUACGUGUUCCAAAAUUUAAACAAAAAUGUAUCGUUUAGCAUUGAAAAGGUCAUGCAGAGAUACCAUACAGAUCACAUUGAGCCAAUACAGCCGCAAAAAUUAUAGCAGGGGUAUACCACCAAAUGUACGAGAAGCCGGAUUCGGCAAGAUCCUGUUGUUUCUAUCGCCUGUCGCAGCUGUUGGCGGAGUAAUUGGUUAUGCGAAAUACGACCCGAAAUUUCGAAAACAAGUCGAACAAAAUGUUCCUGGUGCAGAUUAUGUCCUCAAAGUUGCUUUAGAUUCCAAAGACCCCAUUGCAGACAUCAACAAGCAGUUUGAUGGGGUAAGAAAGCAAUACGAUAACGUCUCAAAAACGGUUGAGAGUGCCACUUCUACUGUAACUGGUUGGUUCAGCGCUUCAGAAAAGCCAGAUCUAAAGCAGGAGGAAGUUGCUCAACCGAAAACACCGGCGAAAUCUGUUGCUGCCAAGGAAGCGACUUCUGCUGCAAAGCCUGUUACUGCCAAACCCAGUGAGCCUGUGAAAAUAGAAAAACAGCCACAACCUUUGCCAAGAGAUGUGACAGAUUUGGAAAGUGCCGUUGAGGUUGCUGCUGCACUAGCUGUUAAGGAGUAUAACAAAGCAAUUGGCAUUCUGAAGAGCUUUAACAAUGAUGUACGUAAAGUAGUGGAUGAUGCCAUUGAAAAUGUUGACACCACAAUGUGGACUUCCUUGAGAAAUAAGACCAGUGCUCGUGAUACCUCCGUUGCCACAGCUGAAAAAUCAGCACGUGAAGCUAUUGAUAAAAUUGAAAAAUGUGAGAUUGCUCUGAGUAAAGCUGCUACUUCGGACAAUCAUGAUCAGAUAGUGACCAUUCGCAAAAAAAUAAAAUCCUUGAUGGAACACAUCAACCAUGUCAAAAACGAACUAUAUGAACAUAAGGAUCUUGCCACUGUGUCCGAAAAGUACUGGAGAAAUGUUGAGAAAGCUCGUAAUUAUUUCAUUGAAGAAAUUGAAUCUAUCUUCCCCGGUCUAAAUUUGUCCGACCAGAAACUUAAUCUUUCAAAGGAAGAUUUGGAUUUAUUCAUCAUGCACGCUUACUCACAUGUUUUAGCAUACCAGAAAGAACUCCAGCGAUUGCAAACAGAUGGUGAAUUGAGACUAAAGCGUGCAAUUGACGCGUUCCGUGCGGAUAACGAUUCGGAAGCAGUUAAAGCCCAACUGGAUUAUCAUUUGGAAGCAGAGAAGCGCAAGUUGGCGCUUGAGAAUCAGAAAAAAAUAUUCCAAAUUCGCGCUGAUUCCGAAAAGCAGUUGCGGCAGCAAUUAAAGAAACAGGCAGAAGCGCAUGUUGAUCACUUGAAUGAUGCAUUAGCUAUGAAGGAAAGUGAAAUGAAACGUAGCUUCACUCGUGAACUGGAAGACAAAUUGGCAACGGAGAAAGCUAAUUAUAAACUACAAUUGGCAGCGAUGGUUGGUAAAAUGCGUGGCAUGGAUGCUGCAUUGCAAGCGCGCGCCGAGUCCGAACGCUCGGCUCACCAAGCUCAAGCUCUUUGGGCUGCGUGUCAGGCCUUAUGGGCCACAGUUAGCACUGGCGAACCAGGUGUACAUUGGCGAAAUAAGCUGCGCCCUCUAAAGAGCGAAAUUAAGGCUAUCUCUAAAGUUAGUGAGGGCGACGAGCUUGUUUCUGUUGUGCUUCAGAACUUGCCAUCUGCCGCUAGUGAACGUGGCGUGUUCACUGAGGAUGCUUUGCGCGAACGCUUCAUUAAUGUAGAACGCGUCGCACGAAAACUGGCGCUCGUUCCCGAAGGUGGUGCUAGUCUCCCAAUUUAUUUCCUUUCCUACUUACAGUCCCUGUUUAUACUCAAACCUGAUGAUCCCAUUUCACAGGAUGAAUUACAAAAUAAACCAUUUGAUUACAGUAAAUUGGACACCUACGAUAUUUUGAACAGGGCAAGGUACUUCGUUGAUCGCGGGGAUUUGCUGCAAGCUUUAAAGUACAUGAACUUACUGCAAGGUGGAGCACGUCGUGUUGCAUGCGAUUGGUUGAAUGAGACGCGCCUGACGCUAGAAACCAAACAAGCUGCCAAUACGCUAAUGGCCCACGCUGCUGCUAGCGGCCUCUUAUAUUUGUAAAUUACAAUAAACGAAAAACUUAAAUUAUAAAAAACA